AUGUCAGGCUCCAGCAGAUCGCGGCUUUUCUGGCACUGUGGGAGGCAGAGCGGCUGCAACUUCUUCAGGUGGGUUACGCAUCUCGAGCGCCUUUCCUCGCAAGUCUGGUGGCAGCGCCUGGAAAGCUUCACUCUCGUCCAGGACACUGGAUUUCGGGCGGAUGACUUGCUUCAGGGGGCCGUCGGAGACUGCUGGUUCCUCUCAGCUCUAGCAGUGAUCGCAGAGAGGCCAGACCUCAUCCUCCGACUCUUCCGCGGCGAGACGACGACCCAUCGAUCUGGACGCUACGAAGUCCAGCUUUUCUUGGAGGGCCAGUGGACCACCGUGGUUGUUGAUGACCAGCUCCCCUGCAUCGGCUCCGCAGCGCAGCGUCGCCCAGACGGCAGCGGGCUCGCUUUCAGCCGCGCGAAGGACAGGCAACUGUGGGUUCCUCUGGUGGAGAAAGCGUACGCCAAGGCUCAUGGAUCCUACAAAGCGAUCAGCGGAGGGUCUGUGGCCGAGGCCUUGCUGGAUCUGACUGGUGCACCUUGUGAAAGCAUCGACCUCGAAGACCUAGACAGGUCACCUGGA